AAGCAUAGCCAAUAAUGGUUAUUGGUCUCGAUUUCUUCGAUAAGCACACCACGAUCCCAUAUAGGCAAUCUUGUGAACUCCACCUUAGUAUAAUCAAAUCGCUUCGGUACAAAGGUAUCGAGGUCACCGGCGUGUGCUUUCAGGCUUAUGUCCUCUGAUUGAGUUGGUGGUGAUGAUACAUCUGAUAUAACAAUAGAUGCGUCUGCAAGUGAUGAGGUGGGACUUGAUGGUGAGUGUAGUGGUGACUCAACCACCACUACCUCAUUUUUAGGUCUUUCAGGAUGACGUCUUGAGGCUCGAUUGCUUGCCAUGGCGGUAUACCACUGUUCAUGAUUGAUGGUACUUGGCUUCAGGACGGGCUUAUUAUGAGCAAGAGCAUAGCACAAUGAUGACAUGAUGAAAUGCGGUGUGAUAAGGCAAGUUUGGCAUAUGUGAUGAGAGGUGGCAGAUAUGCUCACAAUUGGCCUAAGCAUUAAGCCACCACUAUAUAAUUGGAUCAUCCGGAUGGAUUAUCCAAAUCCACCGCCCAAUUUGGAUUGUGGCUUAUUGGAUAAAUCCGAAUGGAUCUAUCCAAUUAGAUCCACCCAAUCAGCACACUGUUCGGAGUUCACUUUUCGCCAUGGGGAUUGUGAUACCAGGUUGUGUUUUGGUUUAUGGAUGGUGCAUUGAUCGAGCAAAAGGUGGCGUUGCAGUGCCGGUCAUUAUGCUGUUCUUGCAAGGCGUUGCACAACUUUUUUGUUUCCCUAGCUUGAACACCUAUUGCCUAGAUGUGAUGCAAUCUCGAUCUUCGGAAGUUGUCGCUGGCAACUACGGGCUGAGGUAUAUGUUUGGCGCACUUGGAACCGCAGUGUGCUUACCGGGCAUCCAAAGCAUUGGAGUGGGAUGGUUCUCGACCAUAUCGGCGCUGUUUCUUGUUGUUGUUACAGGCGCUGUUUGUGUGGAAAUACGAUAUGGCCGGACGUGGAGGGAGCGAAUCGAUGCGAAGAAAAAAGCCGCCCCUACUGUUGCGUGAGACGAAUUGUAAUCAAGCCUUCGCAGAUCACAAGCUUUUUAGAGAAGAGAGAUACUAAGAGAACAAGAAAAAACGCCACUUUGAACACGUAUUGGAUUACUGUUAACCAGGUUGGGACUGGCAAAGGAGAGUCCCCGUU